AUGUCUUUUGCAGAUCUCCAUGUCGGCGGACUGUAUGUCAUUCUCCAAGCUCGCCAAGAACCACCCGAGCUCAACGAGUUCUACUGGGGUCUGUAUCUCCACUCGGACUCCGUUGGAGGAAUGGCAUACCAUGUCGUAGAUACAGGAUCUGGACUAAGACCCGAGCAUGAGUAUACUGCUGGAGUCUUCAACACUCCACUUCUUAUAGGCUUAUUCCGAAUCGCCGACAUCACUCGUCCCUUGCAUCCAUUCAUCGACAGGGUAAUAAGGUCCUAUGACAGCAGUCUCAACUGUCCGGGAAGAAGCAGCAACAGCAAGUUCUGGGUUUUGAAUGUUCUGGCUUUACUGAUCCAGCCUACAUCUACGGGAUGGCUGCCAGUGAAUUGUCAAAACUUGCCCAUCUUGGAGCAGGAAAUCCGCGAUUGGGGCAAUCGAAUGUCCCAAGGACGAUGUGUUUAUCAAAGGCCCAAGCCAAUUGGAUCUUCGACUAUCUGCGGGUUGCCAGAAUGGAAGAUACAGCGUGAGUUAUCCAUUUCCCUCAGGCAAUCUUAG